AUUCACAGCAACAAGACACUGGAUAGAUAUUCACCCAAAUAGCAUCACAAUGGAAAGUCGACACCACCGCCGCUCAUCCAUUGCCGCAAUUGCAGCGGAACGCCCAAACCUCGCUUCCAUUGAUUCGUCCAUGCUCGACCGCCUGCCAUCCUACUCAGCGACGCUGUUCGAAGCCAAGACCCAGCGGCGCCUCACAUUUGAGCAGAUCGCGCAGCACUUGGGCCGAAGCGAGGUGGCCGUGGCGGCGCUCUUCUACGGGCAGGCGCGCGCGACCCCCGAGGACGCCACCAAGCUGGCGCAGCUCCUGGGCCUGUCCGCCGAGUCCCCCAUCGCCUCGCAAAUGGUCGGGUUCCCCGACCGCGGCCGCGCAGGACCCAUGCCGCCCGUUGAGCCCCUCAUCUACCGGCUGUACGAGAUUGUGCAGAACUACGGGUAUGCGUUCAAGGCGGUCAUGAAUGAGAAGUUUGGUGAUGGGAUCAUGAGUGCUAUUUGCUUCAAGAGCACCGUCGAGAAGGAAGUAGACGAGACUGGCGCGCCGUGGGUGGUCAUCACACUGAAAGGGAAGUGGUAAGUUCACUUUUCAGUCCGCAGUGCUACCUAUGCCGUUCUGCCGUGCGAGUAUGAUGCUGUCCUUCCCGCGGUACGGCCAGGUGUUCUCUGUCCUCUGUCACAUCUCCUUCCCUUCCAAAUGUCUAAUUGGGCUCCUUCACCGAUCACCGUCUCUGUGUUGCCAGUUUCGGCGUUGCCUUUCUCUCGGUUCUAGACUUCCAAUUGAUGUAGUGUGCUCAUCUCGGAUUGGGCCACGGCGUUGUUUACAUCCUUUGAUCGGGCUCAGCGACGGGACCGAAAGGGGUGGGCGGAGAGGUUCCAGUGCAGUGAUG